AAUAUUAUAUUUGUUAGGCGUGAUAGAACAAUCAGAUUAGGUUAGUUUAACAGUUCAUAAAAAGGGCGAGGAAAGCAGUUAAAUCAUCGAAAAGGGACACAUUACGACGCACCCUUGAGAGGUGCGUCACGGUUCUCAGAAAACUAACCACUUUGACUUUGCUAUUUCUCCUUUUUAUUUCACGAAUCUCAAUUAUGGGACAGGAUACGUUCUGUUCGAUUUAUGGAUCGAUUGCGACAGAACGCGUGAACAAUUUCACAGCGAGAGGCUUAGGCUAAGGGUUGGAGUCAAUACUCAGAAUAGAAUUAUGUGUUGUUGUGUGUCUUUUUCACGUCGAACUUAGGGGUCUAUUUAUAGGAAAAAGUGGCGUAGAAAGAUAGUUUUUCAGGAAUUUGAAUACGAAAUGGAUUAGGAAAAGAAUCCGUCCCAGGUAUUUUCGGCGCCAAGCUCUGGGCGCUGGAAUUUUCGGCGCCCAGGGCUGGGCGUUGAAAAUAGGGUCUGGCAUAAUUCUUUGUCAGAUUGGACUCUAGAGUACGGAGUUCAUUAAGAGACUUAAUCCGAGUUAUUUGGUGCGUAUCAAUUUACGACGGAAUGCGUCUGGGCCCUUUACGAACUCUAGGUUCGUUAUGAGUUUAAUUAAUACGUUAACUCUUUUAUCGAACUGCGAUAGGAAUAGAAUUCCUUUUACAAUUUCUAUCUCUUUUAGGAUUUAUGUUGGAGUGCAACACCUAAUUCUGACAGGUUUCUAUCUUUUUUAUUCUUACUACGUUUAGCAACUACCCUUUACGGCAGUUACUAUUUUUAGCAGGUUUCCAUAAAUAGCAGGUUUCGGGUGAAAUGAAAAGGGGAAUUGAUAUUCGUUUAUUUUAUAGGAGAUGCGUUGUCAAGUGGAGAUUUAUGCUUUCAUCAUCGAACCUUUCCCUUUCGGGAAUGGGGACAAAAUGAUUUUUGACAUCAUUGAAUCAUGCCGAGAACUAAAAUUGCUAAUAAGAGGGAGGUUUUACAAGAAGAUGAGGAGAUACAUUAUCCAGAUUCAGAUGAAUAUGUAUAUGAUGAUGAUGAAGAUGAUGCUUAUGUAGAUGAUGAGGAUGAGGAUGAGGACGGUAAUGGUGAUGAGGAUGAUGAGGCUGAUGAUGAGGAUGAUGAGGCUGAUGAGGUUGAUGAGGCUCAUGUUAAACCGGCAGGCAAAGGGAAGAAGAAGCUGGGAGUCAUGGAGAAGAAAGUAAAGGUUAAGGCUGAGAUGCUUGAAAUAAAAGCCAAAGGGAAGAAGGCAAGGAUUAAGGCUGAGGUGGAUGCUGAUGUUCCUGUUGAAUCUGAUAAUGAUGUCCAGAUCUUGGAUGGGGGUUGCAGUACUUCAAACAUGAUUACCCAAUGUAGACCAAAUUCUUUGUCAACUGUCAUGCAAAAAUUCACUACAAAUCAAAUUAAGGCUGUUUCGGAAAUUAGAUUCGGGUGGUUGUUUUCUUUACCUAAACAAACUUCUAAGUUAGAUAUAACAUUAUUUCCCUCGUUGAUUGAUCAUUUUGAUCCGGUUAGUUGGUUAUUUAAAAUAGAAGCUGUAAAGGAAUUCAUAUUUACUUCAUCUGAUGUGCAUGAUGUGUUUCUUCUCCCAUUACAUUCUCACAAGACUAUUGUAGACAACAACACUAGGACUAAGGAUGUAGGUUUGAAAAAUCAAUGGAGAGAAUACUUUCAAGUUAAAAAAAAUGUAACCAUUCCACUGCAUCAGUUGGAGAUUAAGAUGGGUGAAUUAGUGGAUAGUGGAGAAAUGUUCAAGCGAAUAUUUGUGAUGUUUGCAUUCUCUGUUUUCUUAGCUCCUAUAGCUAAUAGGACUGCUGAUUUGGGUUUAGUUAAAGUUCUUGAGGAUGUAGAUGAAAUAAAGAAUCUUGACUGGUGUGGAUAUGUCCAUGAGAUACUUUGUCGAGCUAUUAGGAAGUAUAAAACUUCAGGCUGCCAGGGUAAAGUUGGUGGUUGUUUAUGGGUUUUACAAGUUGUCUAUUUUCAUCGCCUUCAAUUCAGGGGCAUUGCAGAGAGUUGUAGUCUUCCGUUGAUGAAGCAUUGGUCUGGUACCAAAAUCUACGAAAGGCUUGUUUUGGAAAAGGAUUCAACUUGCUUUGGUAGUGGUAUAUUAAAUACUGUGACCUACCUUGUUUGUCAAAAGUUGGGUUUUGAAGAUGGUUUUGCCAAGAUUUGUACUAGGGAUAAAGAUGGAACAUGCAAUAUUGGUGCCGCUAAUGAUGAUGAGAACCAUAUACGGUUCAUCAUUCCUGAUGGUCAAUUGUCAAAUUCAGUAAUUCAAUCAAUUGCAUCUGAUGAAAUCCAUGCGGAGUUUUUGAAAAUGAAGAGGAAUUUGGACAUUGUUUCAAAUUUCCAUUUGAAACAACUUGAAGCUAAAUUAGCAGUGAUAUGCCGCUCAUCUCCAUCGUUGCCUGAUGAUGAUUUGGAUCCAAAGUAUUAUGCCAUGAUGCAAGAAUUGGCUGAGAUUGUACUUUCAGUUCAGUCUAUACCUGGAGGUUUGGCGAAUGUAGCUUGUGAUGCAAUACCUGUUGCUACACCUCAGAAUGUUAGUCCAAAUGAAAAGAUUCAAGAAGUUCUUCAUCAACUAAAUGUCAACGAAAUUGGCAACGAGACUGCUGUACAGUGUGACGAACCUCCUAUUGUUGAUGCUAUCACUGAUCCAACUCAGCAGACCAAUGCAGGCCCAACUCUGGAGGUUGAUAUACAGCCAGACUUAUCUGAGCAGCCGAUUGCACCUCUUCCAAGUGUUUCCCCUCUUCCAAGUGUUUCCCCUCUUCCAAGUCAUAAAACUACUUCAAAAGAAUUAAAAGUUUACGAUCCAACCAUCGGUUAUCAUUCCAUUAUUCACUCUUCUUCUGUAAUGGCAAGGCUAAAGUUGGAAUUCCAUGUGGUAAGGUUAAUGUUGAACCAUUCCUUGUUGGAAAUUUCAUGCGUUUUUACAAGAGGGACAUGAAACGUAUGCCUGAGUUGUAUCAAGAAGUUGCUGAUUAUUGCCUUAUGGAUGAUUCUGUCGUAGUGGAUGCAGAGGAAACUUUGGUCUGGUUUGAUCCAGUACACAUGAUACAAAAAGAAGAUAUGUUGUCACUUGCUGAAGAUCAAGAGAUCUAUCUGCCCAUUAUUGAGUGUUGGGUGUUAAUGAUAAAUGCGAAUGAAAUGCGGAAUGCCUCACUGCCUUCCAAAUUCUAUUUUGGUGUCCGCCAAAGUGAAAUUCUGGAACUUCUUUGGCAAGAUUCAACUAACGCGAUUGCUAUGGAUCAACUUCUAGUUUGUUGGAAAGAGUGGAAUGAUAUUCACAACACUGGCUUUGACAUCACCUGUGUUGCACUGGUCAAUUACUGCUUGUGCAUCACCUCAAAAUUUAAUUAAGGAUUCUAAAGUUAAAGUUAAGGAUUCUAAAGUUAAAGUUGAGGAUUCAAAAAUUAAAGUUAAGGUUUCUGAAGUUAAAGUUUAGGAAUCUAAAAAAAAAAUAUUAAAGUUAAAGUUAAAGUUAAAGUUAAAGUUGAGGAUUCUAGAGUUAACGUUAAGGUUUCCGAAAUUAAAGUUUUGGAUUCUGAAGUUAAUAUAGAUAUCUUUAAAACUAACUUUUACUUUUAAAAGCUUAACUUUAACUGCUAAAAGUGUUAUUUUAACAUUUUACCUUUCUUCAUUUAAUUAAGGAUUCUAAAGUUAAAGUUAAGGAUUCUAAAGUUAAAGUUGAGGAUUGAAAAGUUAAAGUUAAGGUUUCUGAAGUUAAAGUUUAGGAUUAUAAAAAAAUAAAAAUAAAGUUAAAGGUAAAGUCGAGGAUUCUAAAGUUAAAAGUUAAGGUUUCUGACUUUAAAGUUUUGGAUUCUGAAGUUAAUAUAGAUAUAUUUAAAACUAACUUUUACUUUUGAAAGCUUAACUUUAACUGCUAAAAGUGUUACUUUAACAUUUUACCUUUCUUCAUUUGAUGUGUGUCUUCCAAUCGGUUUUAUUUUACACAUUGUCCUAUUUUAUUAAGUUGUAUGUUUAAAUUUUAAAAUUUAAUUAAGGAUUCUAAAGUUAAAGUUAAGGAUUCUAAAGUUAAAGUUGAGGAUUUUAAAGUUAAAAGUUAGGGUUUCUGAAGUUAAAGUUUAGGAUUCUAAAGUUAAAGUUUAGGCAUCUGAAGUUAAAGUUUAGGAUUCUAAAGUUAAAGUUAAGGUUUCCGAAGUUAUAGUUUAGGAUUCUGAAGUUAAAGUUGUUAGUUAUGACAAAUAUAAAACAUAUAUAUUUCAUGCGGAAAAACCAUAAAGCCAGGAAUCCAAAUUAAUUGACACAUAACAAUUAGCAUAAUUUAGGAUGCAUACAUUUGUAGCGUGCCCUCCCUAGCUGCUCCCGAACCGAACAAGAACAAGUUUAGGACUCCAAGUGUAGUCCCUCCGUAGAUAGUCCACAACACGUUCGGAUCGGCCUUAGAUUCAAUUAACUAGAAUUUAGCCUAAGGUAUUAUUUUAUU